CUAAUUCUUAUGAACUAAAACACAGAUUAGAUAAUUUAAAAUUAGAUAAUGAAGAAAAAAUGGUUAGUUUUGACAUUGUCAGUUUAUAUACACCUAUACCAAUAAAUAUGGCUAUGCAGGCAGUCAGAAACGAACUCAUUUCUGACCAAGAACUCGAACUUAGGACAAAAGUGCCAAUUGAGGACAUAAUGCUGGGAUUGCAGCUUUGCCUGACUUCUACAGUAUUUAAAUUCCAAGGGAAAAUAUACAAACAAACUAAGGGAUUUGACAUGGGAUCACCAAUAUCCCCGGUUGUAGCAGAUAUAUUUAUGCAUAGAUGGGAAAGCAUGGCGAUUGAAACGUUCACCCCCACUCCAAAAGUAUGGUGGAGGUAUGUAGAUGACACAUUCACUGUACUAAGAACACAAGAUAUAGAUAGAUUUUUCGAACACAUUAACUAAAAGGUGAAGACUAUUCAAUUCACUUAUGAAUUGGAAAGUCAGG